CUAUCCAUAUUACUGCUCACUCCACCCACCAAAUUCCGCACACAAUCUAAAGUUCACAAGGACUCUAGAUUAACACUCAUUUUCUCGUUUUCAAAAGAAACGAAAAAGAUUUUAAACCUGUAACAAAGUCUAUUCACCCCCCCUCUAGACUUUGUAUUUCACCACUUUGGGACCACCAAUUGGUAUCAGAGCAGUCUUCUCACUAUCUACGUUUAGAUUAACGAGAAGCGAUCAAAAUGGUGAACAAUAUGGAUCACGGGUUGCCCAAGUUUUCUCUUCUAGGUUAUGAUGAUUGGAAGAUCAUGAUGGAAGCACACCUCUACGCUCUACAUGAUUGCAUGUGGAUGGUGCUUGAGGAUGGACCCUUGAAAAUUCAAAUGGAGAAUCCUGAGAGGAAUCCAGCAACUCCAGACGUAGUCCAGUACAUUCCAAAGCCCAAGGAAAAAUGGGAUGAUAGAGAUUGCAAAAAGCACAAUCUGGAUAACGUCGCCAAAGCAGCCAUCUUCAAGACACUUGACCCCAUCACCUUCUCCAAAAUUAAGCACCUCAAGACUGCCAUGGAGAUAUGGCAAGGUCUUGGGAAGCUAUGUGAGGGUUCAGAGGACUUGAGAAAGCAGAAGAUAGAAGUCCUGCUUGAGAAGUUCAAAAGCUUCAAAAUGCUUCCCGGAGAAUCAUUUGAUAUGCUGGAUGAAAGAUUCCACAAAAUCUUGAAUGAUCUUGCAUCACUUAACCACGUUCUUUCUCCCAAAGAAAAGAAUGUAAGCUCUUCCACUCCUACUCUUCCGGAUGAGAUACCGGAAACCUGGACAAAGAAGGUCCAAGGGCUGAUUGAGUCAGCCCUAGCAUCUCAACAUGCCUCCUUUAGGCAAGAGAUAGAGCUAAUGGAAGCCAAACACACUGAGCUGAUAGAGAAAUCUGAAGAGAAACACAGCGCUGAUCUCAAGGAGAUAAGUAAAUCAAUAGAAAAGACUCUAGAGAUUAUCUCUCUAUUGAGUAAAACUGUGAGCAAUACGAUGGAAAUAUACACCUCUGACAGUCAACUGCAAUUCAAUGAAUUCAACAAAGUCAAGGAGCAAAUAGCAAAUGUCACAGUUGGUCUACAAAAACAGAUGUCCCUUCUCCAAAUGGACAUCAGAUCAGCCCUAGCAAUAGCUUCAGCAAAUCAGGAAGCAUACAAGCUGUUCAGACUUAUUGGUGCACAUUCUGGGAACCGCAAGAUGGAAGUGAUUCUCCAACAACACAGUCCAUCUCCAAUACCACAGCUCCCUAUUGCAGUCAAAGAAGGAGAAGUAUCUUAUAUUCCUUCUCAUCUGAACUUGACAAAUCUGAUCCUUGAAGCACAGCAAAGAAAUCCGGAAAACUCAGCACAGCAACUAUCCAGCUCAGGACUGGAUGGAACAGAAUUUAUAGGUGCAGUUGCUGACCACUUCUCAGAUGCUGCUCAAUCAGAGGAAAGGCGUGAAAAUUUAAGGCGCAUCAAAGAACUGUGUGGGAACAUGCAGGGCAUCAGUGAGGUUGCCGGAUCUUCAAAACGCAAAAGGAACUGAAGGUUCUUUUCAUCAAACCAGGGGGAAGGGGGAAUGUAUUUCAGGGGGAACUUAACUAGUUUUGGCUAACAAUUGUUUUUGGCAAUGAAUUAUUGAUAAGCUC